GCAAUCCGACCGCUCUUGCCCGUCAUCUUCAUUAUCACUGUGAACAACGAUUCGCCAGUUCUUGACAUCGGUCAUACACAAGAAGGAUCAUGAACAGCGACGCGACCCCCGCGCUCGGGCACCUGCCGCUGGAGCGCUACAUCUUGUCUCGAUGGAACGAUAAAGAGUAUGCAAAAGAUGAUGCCGCCACGCGUCGUAAGAGAUUGGCUCGGAAAUUCGUCGAGAUAGGCAAUCUGGGACGGUUGCUAGCUCUGGCACCAUUUGCUGGCGACCCUGAACCAGAUCUCCCGCCACAAUCGGAGUGGAAUGAAAUAUUGGCAGAACUUCGAACAGAGGGCCAGCGUCGUCACAGCGUUUCUAGACAACAUCCCUGGUCGUUCAUUUGGCUGAGAACUUACUACGCAGAUGGUAGUGAUGCUGGUCACAAAGCUCUUCUUGAUGAACUCAAUUGGGAAAUUGCCCUUCACCAGGAGGAAAACAUACUUGACGAUGCAGCGCUUUACUCGUAUGGGGAUGAUUGGACCGCCAUCUUUGAGGUCUUACCGGAAUUCUUUUUCGAGAUGCUCGGGGAGUACGUCAUGAGGAGGGACAACAUUAUGAGCUCCCCAACAGAUCUUGAUAGAGCGCUGAAAAGCCAUCUCGGUCAUGAGCUCCUUGUCCGCGAAUGCUAUCAACGGUGCGCCGUCAGGCAACCGCCAACCGCGCGAGAACAGGAUGCGGGUCUCAGUGGAGGGUACCCUGGCGGAAACGAGUUCCAAGAUGCGGUUAUAGAGCUACACUACGACGCAGCCGCCACGUACAUGUUCGUCGCAGACAAAGAGGCAAUCGAGACAGGCGAAGUCGCCGUUCUCUUCAUUGACGAUUGUGGGCGAGUCAUCCGCCACAAUCGCAUUCCGCCUCAGGAUUGUGAAUCGCUCAGCGGUAGUUGGAUGGAGUGUUCUUUGCACGAAAUUUACGAAUUUGUUGACGGUAAACCUGGACCCGCAUAUUCAAGGGGCGGAGUCUGCGGCCCUCCGUUCGCCACUCAUGAUGUUCGUGCAUUGGAGGCGGAACGGCAAACCAAGGCAGCUUUGGAGCCGCUAUGAACUCUGCGCUACAAUAGGAAACCGAUCGGAUCGGCUUGAGUCUACACCAGCGCCCGUCCAAUGUCCGUAACUUCUCGAACAGCCGUUCGUGAGAACUCGACUGUAACUUUUCCUCACAGUCCCCGUCGCACUCAGGAACCGCUUCGAACCUUUUUUAGAUCGCGUUGCAU